AUGCGGCUGUCGCCGGCGGCGGCGGCGGCGGCGGCGGCGGCGCUCGCGCUGUCGCUGUGCCUGUGGCCGGAGCCCGCCGCGGGCGCCGAGCUGGACCUCACCGUGGUGCAGACGUCGGAGGGCGCGCUGCGCGGCCACAUGAUGACGUCGUUCGGCGGCCGGCUCUUCAUCGCGUUCCGCGGCGUGCCGUACGCGCGACCCCCCGUCGGCGUGCUACGCUUCCGACCGCCGGAGCCGCCCGUGCCCUGGACCGGCAUCCGCUCCGCCAAGUACGAGGGCUCCGUCUGUCCGCAGCUGCUGGUGACGACGGACAUGUUCGCGGGCGACGAGGACUGCCUGUACCUGAACGUGUACACGCACAAGGACGCGAACAAGGUGCCGGUGCUGGUGUGGCUGCACGGCGGCGGCUUCCACGCGGGCGACGGCGGCGUCGAGGAGAACGGGCCCGAGUACCUGAUGGACCAGAACCUGGUGCUCGUCACGCUCAACCACCGCCUCGGCGUUCUCGGCUUCCUCAGCACCGGCGACGCAGAGCUGCCCGGAAACUACGGCCUCAAGGACCAGGUGAUGGCGCUGCAGUGGGUGCAGCGCAACGUGGCCGAGUUCGGCGGCGACCCGUCGCGCGUGACGCUGUACGGCGCGGGGUCGGGCGCGGCGUGCGCGCAGUACCACAUGCUGAGCCCGCUCUCGGCCGGCCUCUUCCACCGCGUCAUCGCGCAGAGCGGCUCCGUGCUCAACCCCUGGGCGCUGCAGCGCAAACCCAUCCGGAACGCGCAGAAGCUGGCGCAGUUGGUGGGCUGCUCGUCGUGGGAGACCUCGCUGCAGAUUCGCCACUGCCUGUCGGCGGCGCCGGCCGAGCAGCUGGUGCGCACGCUGUACCACUUCCCGCACUGGGCCGUGCGCUUCCCCAUCCCCUGGGCGCCGGUCGUCGAGGCCGCGGGCGACCGCAAGGCCUUCCUGCUCGCCGAGCCCGAGAACCUGCUGCGCGACGGCCGCGUCAACUACGUGCCGCUCAUCGCCGGCAGCUCGCUCGAGGAGCACGCCGCACUCGCCACGCUGGUCGAGUCGCGCCAGGACCUCAAGAACGAGCUGCUCAACGACUUCGACGACGUCAUCCGCAGGGCGCUGCACCUGCACCACUUGCGGUCCGACCUGCUGCGGCGGCUGCGCGACUUCUACCUGGGCAGCGGCGCGUCGGGCAGCCUGGACCGCCAGGGGCUGGCCGACCUGUUCUCGGACGGCAUGUACACGCACGGCGUGACGCGCGCCGCGCGGCUGCUAGCCGCCUCCUCGCCAAGGCCCGUCUACUACUACGUCUUCAGCUUCGCAGGCCGCGGCGACGCCACCUCCGUCAGGCACAUCGACGACGUGGGAUACGUUCUGCGCCAGAAGAUCCCGUUCCCGGGCAACCGGCCGAGCGAGGGCGCGAUGACGACGCUGCAGCGGCUGGGCCUGAUGCUGGCCAACUUCGCGGCGACGGGCAACCCGACGCCCACCAAGAGCGACCUCCUGCCCGAGCCGUGGCGGCCGCUGCCCAGGGACGGCUCCGUCGUCUUCUACGUCAUCGGCGACAACGUGACCCUCACGACCGCCACCCCGGCCUUCCUCAAGCGCAUGCACCUCUGGGACAGCAUCUGCUUCAGCGAGAAGGACGACAAGGUGGAGCUGUGAUGGGCGCGCUGGUCGCCUACCACAUUCUUUCGCUUACCCGCCUGACUAAUAAAUGUGCAGAUCGGACACAACAAA